ACAUUUAUGCAACAAAGAUUAUUGAUAAAUAGAGAAAAUGGAUACGAUGUACAGUUGAACAAAGAGAAAGUGAAAUUCGAAAGACAAACUGUUAAUUAGCCAGAGGAUUAUAUAUUGACAAACCGAUUAGUAAAGAUCAAAACAACACAUAGAAAACACAUUAAGAAUGAAGGGUUGUGCUGAAUACUGAAUGUGCCAGAUCGUUUAAAAGCAUAUUAUUUGUUUGAGUGAGCACAUCAUUUUGUUGUCUUUCGAAAAUGGAAGGGAAAUCACCAAUAUCGCCUCACUUAAUGAAACGGGCUGUUGACUCUAAACUACCACAACCAGAUUGUACGACAGCACCGAUGUCUCCAUCGUUGAACAAUCCCAAACCGAACCAGGUGUCAACCGUACUUCUUUAUGGCAUUCCAAUCGUGUCCCUAUUCAUUGAAUCUCAAGAACGUUUAUGCUUAGCUCAAAUAUCGAAUACUCUACUAAAGCAAUUUAGUUACAAUGAAAUUCAUAAUCGACGUGUGGCGUUGGGUAUCACAUGUGUCCAGUGUACACCGGUACAAUUAGAAAUUUUGAGACGAGCCGGUGCAAUGCCGGUAAGUUCACGCCGAUGCGGUAUGAUAACUCGACGGGAGGCGGAACGUUUGUGUAAAUCGUUUCUAGGCGAUAAUGCGCCCCCUCGGUUGCCAGAUGAUUUUGCAUUUAGCGUUCAUCAUGAAUGUGCGUGGGGCUGCAGAGGCUCAUUUCUACCAGCCCGAUACAAUUCUUCGAGAGCAAAAUGCAUAAAGUGUUCCUAUUGCGGAUUAUUCUUUUCACCAAAUAAAUUUAUUUUCCAUUCGCAUCGAAUUGGUCCGGGAGAUAAGUAUGUGCAGCCGGAUGCGGCCAAUUUCAAUUCCUGGAGACGACACAUGAAGCUCAGUGGGGCCCCACCCGAUGAAAUAACACAUGCGUGGGAAGACGUGAAAGCAAUGUUCAAUGGUGGAACGAGGAAAAGAUUAAUGAAUUCGUCACCAUCAAGUUCGCAUCACAACAGUCACGGAUCGAAUCAUCACAGUAUGCCAUCGCCAAACAAUAAACGACUCAAAGAGUCACCCAUUAGUCCACCAAUCAUUCAGGCUGCCGCUGUUGUUGCAGCAACGAACCAAUUCCCGAUUCGACCAUCAGUUAAUCUACAUCCGAACAGCAAUACGUCAACUAGUCCUAGUGCUGGUGAUAUACCAUUACCAUUUUCUCGUUCCUUUAUGAUGGACUACAUGUGGCAUGCACAGAACAAACACAAUAAUUUUCAGUUUCCUACAUAUGCGAUUCCAUGGUUAAAGCGGCCGGGGUCAAUAUUAUUCAAUCAACAAAGUAACAAUGCUGCAAAUAAUGAAAAUGGACUUUGUGCGCGUGGCACUAUUGAGCCAAAAACUAUGCCAUUUUAUUCUAAUUCUGCAUUCAAACCUGUGGUUAAUAAUAACAUUCAGUGCAAUACAAGUGGUAACGUGUCGAACAGCAACGGUAUUGAUUCGGUAAACCGUGUAUCGAAUGAAUCAUCGACUGCAGCAUUAAUUGUGUCAAAUUCGCCAACAGAUGACGAUCACCGUUCGUCCUGUGAAUUAACGGCAGACGGUGAUUAUCAACAUGAUAAUGUGUCGAGUGAUGACGAAAUGGUUGAUAUUGAGACGACAGAAGACAAUUGCACCGAAUAUAAAAAUAGUGUUAACGAACUGGUAAAGGAAAGCAAUGAGAUUAAGUGUGAUAAGGAUGAAGACGCUGAUGAACUAGACGAAAUAAAUGUUUGUAGCAAAGGUAAAGGACUGGAGCAGUGUAGCAGUGAGGGUUUUGUAGAUUUAUCAGACGAUUGGCAUGGUGUAGCUUUUAAAAAGGAGGAUCCAAAUGGAACCGUCGAAUCCCGAACGCCAACACCUACGAAGUUAGCCAGCAGUAUAACACACCAUCAUUACCGUACGACAUCAUUAAACAUUCCGAAUCACAUUGUAAGCAACACACUAAAUUCAUCGCCCACUAAUCCUAAUAUCACUGGUAGUACAGCUGAGUUUUGGAGUGUCGCUCGACUCUCGUUGGAUCGUACCAAUGAUGUACUGAGUCGGGUUCCGUUUUAUCGACAUGACAUUUCGAAACACUUGCACGUUUUUCGACACGGCGAUGUUACACACACUCAUGGAGUGGGUUAAGGAUAUGCGGAGGAAAUAU